AUGCAGGACAAGAACUUUACCGAUGGCAAGUCCAGUAUACAGGACUUCCUGGACCGAUAUCGACCGGACCUGAAGCCGUUCGAGGACAUAUACCGGAAUCUACACAGCCAACCCGAAUUAUCGGGACAAGAAGAGCAAACAGCCAAACUAGCAGCCGAGCAUUUAAAGUCUCUAGGAUAUGAUGUGCAUACGGGAAUUGGGGGUCACGGGGUAACGGGCGUUCUUAGGAACGGAGACGGUCCAAAAUUAUUACUCCGAGCCGACAUGGAUGCCCUACCAGUGGAGGAAAAGACCGGAUUACCCUACGCAAGCACCCGAGUCGUCAAGGGCCCGGAUGGCGUAAGCACAUCAGUUAUGCAUGCAUGCGGACACGACUCACAUGUUACGACUCUCAUGGCAGCCUCAUCGCUGUUAUAUUCCGCGCGCGAUCAUUGGAGCGGCACGUUGAUAUGUAUCUUCCAGCCAGCAGAAGAGCAUUUAACCGGUGCACAGGCAAUGCUAGACGACGGGCUAUACGAUAAGAUCCCAAAGCCGGAUCUCGUUCUUGCCCAGCAUGUUAUGCGCAUGCGAGCUGGGACGGUCAGUAUUCGCGAAGGCGCUUUCCUUACCGCUGCGGAUGCCUUCGAUGUGCGUGUUUUCGGUCGUGGCGGCCACGGCUCUUCGCCGCAGACGACUAUCGACCCGAUUGUUAUCGGCGCCUCGAUUGUGAUGCGCUUGCAGACUAUUGUUUCUCGGGAGGUUGUUCCUGGUGAACUGGCUGUGGUGUCGUGCGGUAGCAUCAACUCGGGCCAUUCGUCGAAUAUCAUUCCGGAUUAUCUAGAUCUGCAGCUGAGUGUGCGGACGUUCAAGCCCGAGGUGCGUGAAAAGGUCUGCAAGGCUAUCCGUCGAAUUAUUGAGGCAGAAUGUGAGGCUGGGGGCGCUGUUGAGAAACCUAAAAUCACACGGACAUUCUCCAGCCCUUCUACGGUCAACGAUGGGAAGACGGUUUGCGCCCUGCGCUCUACAUUUAAGUCUUUCUUCCAGGAGCGUCUUAUCGAAGUGGACCGUCCUGCUGCCAGUGAAGACUUUUCGCUUUUGGCAACUGCUGCUGGGGCACCUUAUGCGAUGUGGAUUUUUGGGGGCAUUGAAGGGAAAACCUGGGAUGAUGCCGUGGCUAAAGGCACAGUCAAUGAGCUGCCCAAUAAUCACUCACCAUUCUUCGCGCCGGCGAUAGAGCCAACUCUGAAAACUGGUGUCGAUGCCUUAGCAUUGGGCGCACUGACAUUCUUUAAGCGGAAAUAA